AGGAGGCGGGAAAACAACAUCGCCGGCGUCAGUCAGAGAGACCCAAAGUGGCACAGUUCCCUGAAAGAGAAAAGAACAAAACCUUCGCUCGCUGAUUCGCUCUGUUUUAUCUGAAAAUCGCCAUGGGUAUCAAGGGUUUAACGAAGCUUUUAGCCGACAAUGCGCCAAGUUGUAUGAAAGAACAAAAAUUUGAGAGCUAUUUUGGUCGGAAAAUCGCCGUUGAUGCUAGCAUGAGCAUCUACCAAUUCCUUAUUGUGGUAGGGAGAACUGGGACUGAAAUGCUCACUAAUGAAGCUGGUGAAGUCACUAGCCAUUUACAAGGGAUGUUUAAUCGAACGAUUCGUCUUCUAGAAGCUGGGAUUAAGCCUGUAUAUGUUUUCGAUGGAAAGCCCCCGGAGUUAAAGAGACAAGAACUGGCAAAACGUUACUCCAAGAGAGCUGAUGCAACUGCAGAUUUGACUGGUGCAAUUGAGGCAGGAAACAAGGAGGACAUUGAGAAGUACAGCAAACGGACUGUCAAGGUGACAAAACAGCACAAUGACGACUGCAAAAGACUCUUGAGACUCAUGGGGGUGCCUGUUGUUGAGGCCACUUCCGAAGCUGAAGCGCAAUGUGCUGCACUUUGCAAGUCAGGAAAGGUUUAUGGUGUGGCUUCUGAAGAUAUGGAUUCCUUGACUUUUGGAGCUCCUAAGUUUCUUCGCCAUCUGAUGGAUCCUAGUUCCAGAAAGAUCCCUGUCAUGGAAUUUGAAGUUGCUAAGAUUUUAGAAGAGCUUCAACUUACCAUGGAUCAGUUCAUCGACUUGUGCAUAUUGUCAGGGUGUGACUAUUGUGACAGCAUCCGAGGUAUCGGAGGGCAGACUGCCCUAAAGCUCAUUCGCCAGCAUGGAUCUAUUGAGACCAUACUUGAAAAUAUAAACAAAGAAAGGUAUCAAAUACCUGAGGAAUGGCCAUAUAAUGAAGCUCGGAGACUUUUCAAAGAACCUGAUAUCUUAACAGAUGAAGAGCAGCUUGAUAUUAAGUGGACCUCUCCAGAUGAAGAGGGUAUAGUUCAGUUUUUGGUGAAUGAAAAUGGAUUCAACAUUGAUAGGGUAACAAAGGCCAUAGAGAAAAUUAAAACUGCGAAGAACAAAUCAUCCCAGGGCAGGCUGGAAUCAUUUUUCAAGCCAGUUGCUAACUCAUCCGUGCCUGCUAAGAGAAAGGGUACCAAAUGUUUGCUCCAGCAGUAUAAACCAGCUAUCAGCAAUAAAGUAUUUUCUCUACAUGCUUUUGGAUGGAACACCUCCAAUAAAAUUGCUAGCAUUAAGCUGUUCUCUCUACCUCGGGGUUCCGACCUGUCUGUUCAAGUGGCUGGAGGUGGCUUAGGCACAAGAAUUUAAAUAUCACGGAGAUCCCAGAGAGUACCACUAAAGGAGCAGCAAAUAAGAAAACCAAGGGAGGUGGUGGAAGGAAGAAGAAGUAAAUCACAAUUCAAGUUGUUCUAAGGCUGUAUAAGUUAGUACGCUUCUGCUGCAAAGAUCUCGGGAGAAGAUUGAUAAACUUUGAUGAUUUUCCUAGGGUUAAGUAGUCUGUUUGCUUUUUGUUUUACAACGUUUCCGAAACCUUCGUUAGUCUCUGCUUCCUCAAUGGUAGAAAAUUAGUAUGGUCUGGUCUUCUUUUGCAUCAUUGUGGUUUCGGUGAUGGCAUGAUCAUGAAUUUGCUUUUGACAAGGAAAAUGCUUGUGCUUGUGUA